GGAGGGAGGAAAAUAGAAAGAGAACAAAUCCCAGCCAGAGGAAUACCUUUUGGAUCAUCAGCUUCUGCCUGUCUGCCCUCAGUACAAAUGAAGAUGCCUGAGGCCUGAGUUAAAGCCCUCCACCAGAGAGAGUGUGUUCCAGGGCUGGGGCUGGACCCAGAGGCCCCUGGCUCAGGGGGUGAAGGGCCCUCACAGCCCUGUGUGAGUCUGGACCAUGGGGGAUGGAGGCACUGGUGCAACUGGAGGAGAUGGGGUGAACCGGUCCCACGUGCUGUUUGACAACUUCGUCCAGGCGAGCACGUUUAAGGGCACGCUCAAGGCCUUCCAGGAGCUGUGUGACCACCUGGAAGUCAAGCCCACCGAGUACAGGGUCUUCUAUCACAAGCUCAAGUCCAAACUCAACUACUGGAAGGCCAAGGCGCUCUGGGCCAAGUUAGACAAGAGGGCCAGCCAUAAGGAGUACAAGAAGGGUCGUGCCUGUGCCAACUCAAAAUGUUUGAUCAUUGGUGCGGGGCCGUGCGGCUUACGUACAGCCAUCGAGCUGGCUUUCCUGGGGGCCAAAGUGGUGCUGCUGGAGAAGAGAGAUGCUUUCUCCAGGAACAAUGUGCUGCACCUCUGGCCCUUCACCAUCCAGGACCUCAGGGGCCUCGGGGCCAAGAAGUUCUAUGGGAAGUUCUGCGCUGGUGCUAUCGAUCAUAUCAGUAUUCGUCAGCUUCAGUUAAUGCUGCUAAAAAUGGCUCUCCUGCUGGGCAUUGAGAUCCAUGUCAACGUAGAGUUCAAGGGUCUUAUCGAACCCCCUGAAGAUCAAGAGACUGAACGGAUAGGCUGGAGGGCUGAGGUCCAUCCCAAGACACACCCUGCCAGUGAGCUGGAGUUUGACGUCAUCAUCGGAGCAGACGGAAGGAGAAACACACUACCAGGGUUUCGGCGUAAGGAGUUCCGGGGCAAGCUUGCCAUCGCCAUCACUGCUAACUUCAUCAACAGGAACACGACAGCGGAGGCAAAGGUCGAGGAGAUCAGCGGCGUGGCCUUCAUCUUCAACCAGAAGUUCUUUCAAGACCUCAGAGAGGCAACAGGUAUUGACCUGGAAAACAUUGUCUACUACAAGGAUGACACGCACUACUUUGUGAUGACUGCCAAAAAACAGAGCCUGCUGGAGAAAGGAGUCAUUCUGCAUGACUACGCAGACACAGAGCUGCUGCUCUCCAGAGCUAAUGUAGACCAGGCUGCCCUGCUGUCUUACGCCCGUGAGGCUGCGGAUUUCUCCACCAGCCACCAGCUGCCCACACUGGACUUUGCCAUCAACCACUACGGCCAGCCCGACGUAGCCAUGUUCGACUUCACCUGCAUGUACGCCUCUGAGAACGCCGCCAUGGUGCGCCAACGCAAUGGCCACAAGCUGCUGGUGGCGCUGGUGGGAGACAGCCUGUUGGAGCCCUUCUGGCCCAUGGGCACUGGCAUCGCUCGAGGUUUCCUGGCAGCCAUGGACUCGGGCUGGAUGGUGAAGAGCUGGGCUCAGGGAAAAACCCCUCUCGAGGUGCUGGCUGAGAGGGAGAGUAUAUACCGUCUACUGCCCCAGACCACACCAGAAAACGUCAGUAAGAACUUCAGCCACUACAGCGUGGAUCCGACCACACGUUAUCCCAACAUUAGCCUUAACUUCCUCAAGCCCAGCCAGAUGCGUCACCUCUUUGACACAGGGGAGUCGAGGGAAAUGCGCAUUGAAAUAGAGAAUGUUAUCAACACCUCAACACCCAAGUUGGCCAGGAAUGAAAAUUGCCUGCUUGACAAGCAGUUGCAAGAGUCCGUAGCUCGAUCUAGUAAACUGCUCAACUGGUGCCAGAGACAAACGGAGGGCUACAGGAAUGUUAAUGUAACAGACCUUACUAUGUCUUGGAAGAGCGGUCUGGCCCUGUGCGCCCUCAUUCACCGAUACAGACCGGAUCUCAUUGACUUCGACUCGCUGGACGAGCGAGACCAGGAGAAGAACAACCAGUUGGGUUUUGACGUGGCGGAGAAGGAAUUUGGCAUUUCGCCCUGCAUGACUGGCAAGGAGAUGUCUUCUGUGGUGGAGCCAGACAAACUCUCUAUGGUCAUGUAUCUCAGCCAGUUCUAUGAGAUGUUUAAGGACACAGUGCCGCCUGGAGAUAACCACAACCUGAGUCCUGAGGAGAAGGCUGCACUGAUUGCCAGCACCAAGUCCCCCAUCUCAUUCCUUAGCAAACUUGGCCAGAGCAUAGCAAUAUCCAGGAAACGAAAUCCGAAGCAGGACAAAAAAGAGAAGGAUGUAGACGGUUUGGGGAAGAGAAGGAAAACCAGCCAGUCUGAAGAUGAGGAAGUAUCCAGGACCGGUCGUGACGACAGGCCGUCUGUCCCUGCUGUCCUCUCUGAGAGAAAAAUGGACUGUGCUGCUGCAGGGAACCACAACAAAGUCAAGGUCAUGGCCACCCAGCUACUCGCCAAGUUUGAGGAGAACGCCCCCGCCCAGCCUACAGGACUCAAAAGACAGGGGGAAUCUCUGCCCAAUCUGGAUCGCCUUUUGCCCCCUUCCCCGCCCCAAACCCCUGUGAAUGAGCCAGUGCGCCUGGCACCUGUCCCAGCAUGGAGAAAGGCCAGAAGUGGUGCAGACCAACUGUCCAGCUCGGGCUCUCGGAGCUGCCCAAAGAAAACCAUUCUGCUCCCUUCUUCCUCCUCCACUUCCUCGCUCUCUCUUCACUCAGAGGGCUCUCUCAGAAAAGAGUUCCCUGUCAACAUCGGAGGCAGCGACGUUUGCUUCUUCUGUCGAAAGCGUGUGUACGUGAUGGAGAGGCUGAGUGCAGAGGGGAAGUUCUUCCAUCGCAGCUGCUUCAAGUGCGACUACUGUGGCACCACACUACGACUGUCCUCGUACGCCUUUGAUGUGGAGGAUGGGAAAUUUUACUGCAAGCCUCACUACUGUUACCGUCUGUCUGGCUAUGCUCAGAGAAAGAGGCCUGCUCCCUCCCCUGCUCCAAUCACAGCCAAGGAGAACCAGGCGCCCCAAACUCCCACGUCGACCGUAGAUGCUCCCGGAAGGGCGAUGGCAGCGGCAGCGCCCUCGGCCGAACUCCAGCCCUCAGCACCAGAGGUCAAUGGACUACAGGAGCCGAGCCUCGCUAAACGACUGCGGGGAACUCCAGAGCGCAUCGAGCUGGAGAACUAUCGUGUGUCCCUGCAGAGGGAGGAGGAGCUGGAGGAGGUGCCUGAGGAGACGCUGGCGGAACACAACCUUAGCAGUGUGCUGGACAAGGCUACGGAUGCUGACUUGGGCUCCAGUAGCUCAGAGUCAGACAUGGAGGAGGAGGAUGAGCAGGAGGAUCAGGAUCAGGAGGAGGUGGAGGUGGAGGCGGAGGCGGAGCAGCAGCAGCAGCUUCCCAGUCCCUCGGACCUUGGCGGUGUUCCCUGGAAGGAGGCGGUAGAGCUCCACGCCAAACUGAGAGGUGACCUCGGAGACGAGGGUGAGGGCGAAGGCGAGGGCGAACCUCAGGGCGACGCAGUCAGCAGAGACGGUGAAGUAGAUGAAGAAGAGGAAGAGGAGGAGGAGGAGGAGGAGGAUGAAGAUGAGGACGAAGAUGAUGAGGAGUCAAGCGAUGAGGGGGAUUACUGCCCCUGGGAUAGAGAGCUCCAGUCAGGCCUUUGGCUGGACAAGUACCUCACAGAUGAAGAGGAUGUUGGUACAUUUAAAGCCAGGAACCUACAGAUCCAACAAGCCCUUCAGCCUGUGGAUCCCCAGGCCAUUCCAGGUUUGGUGAGAACACACCUGGACUCUGACGGAGACAAGGACGGCCUGACGGCCUCGGCCUCCCAACUCUCCCAACCCUCUGAGCUCACGCAGCCCUCCUCCACAGCACCUGCCCACACAUCCGCCCGACACGAGGCAGUGAGAGUCUGGUUGGAGUCCAUGUCUGGAGAGCCCGGUGAGGAUGAAGACCUGGAAGCAGAAGCAGACAGCCCAGAUAUAGAACCUGGUACAGAGAUGGAUCAGGAUGACAUCCCUUCAGAUGCAGAAGCUGAGGCUCGUUUGCACCAAUCAGAGCAUGUUGAAGCUCUUCCUGAAGAAGACAAGAAAUCAGAGAGUGUGGAAAUGACCUCCAGUAUUGAGCCAUCCAGCAGCAGCCCAAUGCAGAAAGAAGAUGUCAUCCUUUCCCCUCUCAAACCAUCACCAGGGCCUGAGACACACAUACCUCUUGUGAAGUCUCCCGGCACUCGCUUUUUCCCUGAACCGUUCAUACCUGAGGAAACGAAGCCUGACAGGACAACUCCUUCUCCAGCUGCCAAGAGCCCGCCGUGCCCUUCCCCUGCUCCUGUACACGAUCAUUUUACUGUCUCUUCUCCUAUUUCCCCUCCUGCUGCUGCUUCUCCUGUCAAUGUCUCUGCCUCGUCACCUCCCAGUUCACCCAGCAAAUCACCCAUCGCCUCUCCACUCAAGCCCGCAAUCAAGUCACCUGUCAGAUCCCCUGUCAAAUCUCCAGUUAGCUCACCAAUUCGCUCCCAGCCCACCCCCCUGCCAGAGACUUGCGCACCGAAAUCUCCGGUCUACCCUCACCGCUCCAUUUGCCCUCUCACGGGUAACCCGCUCUCCCCAAUCUGUGCCCAGCCUUUGCCUUGUCAGGAACCGUCGUCGCCCCUCACCUCCGAUUCUCCCGUUAGAACUCAGCCUGUCCCCGCGGUCACUUCAACGCCCAUGACCAAAGCUGACGAGGACACAUCGGAGCACUCAAAGUCCAUAGACUCCUCAACAGAGGAAACUCCCUCUAAAAAGACAGAUAUCAUUGAGGAGUUUUGGUUAAAGAGUGCUGAGAUAAGAAAAAGCCUUGGUCUGACUCCUUUGGAUCGCAGUAGCAAAAUCUUAGAGAAGAGUGUUGUUAAGGCUCCAACACAGGAACCAACUCCUGUCAAGACACAGUCUCCAGAUGUGUCUGAGGAACAGAAGCCUGCCUUCACUGGCCGCGCUGUCAUUCGCAGACUCAACAUCACUCUUGAGGGUCAGGUCAUUACUCCCAUUGCACCUGCGGAGCCCAAGAGUAAUGGCUCCGAUAAGAGAGACCUCAGCAGCAGCUCUGGCCUGGGGUUGAAUGGGAGCCUGGCCACGAGCCAGACGGCAAACAGUGACAGCUACAACAUGUCUGACUCCACUAUGCUCACCCCGCCCUCCAGCCCACCACCGCCUGUGCCUGCUAAUCAGUCUCCAGCCGUGCUCAGGCAGCAGAGACAUCAGGUGUCCUGGAGCAACGGAACAGAAAAACCUCCACCUGAGCGUGCCAAAGAGCCAGCGAAAACCAAGAAUCCUGUUCCUACGCCAAGGACCCAGCUGAGCCCUGUGUCUGCACCCAAGCCUGCGCCCAGGAAAGUCCCGUCACCGCAGGCAGAGCCAGAAGCAGCUCCAGUGGUCGUCAUGAGGGAGAAGAAGAAGCCUCGACCGGUGGAGAUGAGGAAGUCAUUUGUGGAGACGGUGGAGGAGAUUCCGUUUGCCGAUGACGUGGAGGAGACGUAUGAUGAGCGGACGCCAGAGACGAGCAUGAACAGGUAUUAUACUCCACCCACCAGCAAGCCCAGCAGGGAAAGACCUCCUCUGCAUUUGGCUCUAGCGAUGGAAAAUGGUAAACCCAAUAUCCAAGGCAAUCAGGCCUCGAAGACACAGAGGGCAACUCAGUUCUCUCCAGAGGCGAAGGAGAUUGCUGAAGAGAGAAUGAGGGCCAGAGAAAAGUCUGUCAAGAGCCAGGCACUAAAGGACGCCAUGGCCAAGCAGCUGAACAAAAUGAAAGAAUCUGACGUUGACAAGGGUGCCUCACCUAAAGUGGCCUGGAGUGUGACCCCGGAUACCGCAGGAAAAAGUAAAAAGUCAGUCGGAUCUCCGAAGACAUCGGCCGUGAAAGCCCUGGAGUCGAAGAAGGCCGAGACCAUACCGGAGCGUUUCUUCAGCAGCAACAAGAGUCUGGACAGCUCGGCGGCUUCAUCCGACGGCUCCUCUGCGAGUAAGAGCAAGAAACGAAGUUCCCUCUUCUCGCCGCGCAAGAACAAGAAGGAGAAAAAAGCCAAGAACGACAGCAGCAGGGUCUCCGGCACGGACGAGACACCGCCCAAACAUAAGUCGUUAUGGAAGGCUGUGUUCUCAGGGUACAAGAAGGACAAAAAGAAGAAGGAUGACAAAUCGUGUCCGAGCACGCCGUCCUCAAGCUCCACCACUCAGGACUCUGGGAAAAGAACAUCGCCUCUUGGGAGAUCGUCAGACUUGAAAUCACGCAGAAACUUGAGCUUCUCUGAGGACUCAGACCUCUCCUGUGACGACGUUCUGGAGAGAUCCUCCCAGAAGUCUAAGGCAGAUUCUGUUUAUGUUCCUCACGCACUGGCGUUCAAGAGAUCAUACGCCACAAAGAAAACCUACACAGAGGAAGAGCUGAAUGCCAAGCUGACACGAAGAGUCCAGAAAGCUGCGCGACGACAAGCCAAGCAGGAGGAACUGAAGAGGCUGCACAGAGCCCAGAUUAUCCAGAGACAGUUGGAGCAGGUGGAGGAGAAGCAGAGGCAGCUGGAAGAACGGGGCGUAGCCGUGGAGAAAGCUUUGAGAGGAGAAGCAGGAUUGUAUAAAGGUACUUAUACAUUACCCAAACAGCACAAAAGAAGAUCAGACUAUUGGGGAGAUUCUAAUUACAGUGAAAUCCUGGACUUGCAUCUGGGCGGCAUGGGCAAGAAGGACGAUCCUAAGCUAAUGCAAGAGUGGUUCAAGCUGGUGCAGGAGAAAAAUGCCCUGGUCCGCUACGAGUCAGAACUCAUGAUAUUUGCCAGAGAGCUGGAGCUGGAGGACCGACAGAGCCGACUGCAGCAGGAACUCAGGGAACGAAUGGCUGUGGAAGACCACCUGAAGACGGAAAAGGAGCUUGCUCAGGAAAAGCAGAUCCUGAAUGAGAUGUUGGAGGUGGUGGAGCAGCGUGAUGCCCUCGUGGCCCUGUUGGAGGAGCAGAGGCUUCGGGAGAAGGAGGAAGACAAGGACCUGGAGGCUGUCAUGCUCUCCAAAGGCUUCAACCUCAACUGGGCCUGAGAGGAGUGACAUAAUUGCUCAUCAGUUUCAGUGAAAAGUGGUCGACUGGUGAUUUGGCGUUCUCUGCCUCGCGUGGUCAUCUGUGAUCAGAAUAGUCUGCUGAACACCGAUACGGGCAGAGUUUGUCUGAAACUGUCACACCUGCAGCAGUGAAUGUGUAAAGAUUUCCCCGCCACACACAGACAAACACUACGGCUGCCUCUGACACUGAAGCAGUCUGAAACGUUUACAUAUCCUCUGCCCAAAGGCAGUUCUAGUUAAUCACUCUGCAGUUUUGCUUGGGCUCUCUCUCUGUGGGUGGAGAGGCGAGCACAUUCGCAACUUUAUCAUCACAGCCUUGAAGUGGAUCCUCUCAAGCAAGAAGGAGGGGGGGCCUUUGGGAGAAUGUUGAAAGACUUUUUUCAUUCUCGAUUGUCUAAAGGGAAGAAUGCAGUUUGGUCCUGCUGAUGUAAAGGAAUUGUAAAGAAUUGUGUUUUUGUGUAUAGUUGUGUAGAGCAAGUCACGUUUUCAGCGAAUGAAGUUGUUCUCUUUUCUGAAAAAGGACUGCUACAGAGGUGUGAAUAAAAGCUGGAGCGAUGUCUUCAGGCUCAGUCUUUUCAGUCUUGACUAUAGGAAGGACAUCCUCUGCUGAAGCUGCCUUUCUAUCUAGUGAUAAACUUCAGUACCCUAAUGAACCACAAACCCCUAUCCCCCCCCCCACAGUGUUUAGUGAGUCAACACAAAGAACCCAUUAAAUAUGGCCAUGUUUUUUAUGUAUUUAUUAUUUUUGUUUGCUUUUAACAUAAACUUUUUUUUGUUGUGCAUUCACAGGAGAGUGCCCAGAAUCUCAUUAUCUUGCACAUGUGCAUAACUCCCAUGCAACCAUAAGCCAUUGCAUGUCAGGAAUGAAGGCUGCAGGCACAUAGAAGAUCUUUACAUUGUCUUUGAUAGCUAGACAUAGAAUAAAGACUUAUACUAUAUGUGAGCAUUUAAUCACUUGACAUGACUCGAUAAUGAUGGGCCUCUCUGUGAGAUGCCAUUCACUGUACAUCACACUGACCAUUACUGUUUACAAAUACUUGUCCAUAUUCAAUACUGGAUUUUUAUGUUUCCUACUUUGGUAAACAGUAGCGAGCUAAACCCGUCUUUUCCGGUUCAAAGAGGUUUCUACCAUACGUGUUAACAUUGUGGUGUUAUUAUAAUUCAUGAAUCUGAUGUCACUGUUGCUAAUGGGGAAAUCAGUGUAGCUCACAUCACUCAUUUUGUGCCACAGGACUGUCUCUGUUGGUUGAUAUGCAAGGAGAACACCACAAGAACAUUCACACUACACAUCACUUAGAUCAGUACAUGGCAGUGUUAAUCCUUCACCCUUGAACAAGAUGCCUUUUUCAUUUUCAUUCUUGAUAUUUAUAUUUUUUUUCUGAGUUUACUUGUUUUUGAGGUAGUCACAUCUGUGUAUCCCACUGGAACUCAAGAUUUUUACUUUUUUUCAAAUUUUUAUACAGCAGGUCCCCAAGAAAACAAAAAUAGGAUUUUAAAUUGGGGCACUGAAGUAAUGCAGGGUGCUUUAUGAGCAUCUUGCAUCAGACAGGAACAUUAUGGUUUAUCUGGUGGGUAGUCAAAUCUAAUAGCCUUUUUGACAACUGUAAAAAAAAAAAAUAAUAAUAAUAAUAAUACUCCAAGUGGUCACUGUUUUACAGCACA